CAUGUCGCUGGACCAAGCGGCGUCAGGUUCGGGCGUGACGAAAACAGCUCACGUUCGGCGCGGCGCUCAAAGCGGCCCACGCCGCCCCGGGCUCUUCCCCUAGUUGCAAUACCAUCCGCCAAAAUGCCCAAGGAUCGACAUAGCGCCAUCCGCCACUUAUGUGUUUCGGGAGACAAUCCACCUCAGCUUUCUUCCACAGCAGCCGCCAAGCAAUCGGCGGCACGGCCCCCCGCUGGAGCAACCCGCCGGAGCACGGAGCUUUUUUCGGACACCGCCGAAGUUCGCAGCUCGCCCGACGCCCGCCGUUCCGCUGGGGCUUAUGCCGCGGCGUUUUGGGCACGCGCUUUUUUCGGCUAUGGCGGGCUCGUUCGGGAGGCAGGCCCGGUUGGUAAGCCUCGCUGCCGCUCCGGCUUGCUUCCUUCAUUGGAAGCAGCUUUCGGGUCGGAGGCCCCCCCGCCGGCUUUUUCCGAAGCCAAGGCCGGGCAUCCCGCCUACCCGAUUUGCGGGACUCCGCCCGAGCGACAAACUGCCGACUCCGUCGCCUGUCGCUGCUCAUUACCUGCCGGGUGCAGCAAGGCGUCUUAUCACCAAGGUAGUUCCUGCGCCUCUAUCUAAUUUAUACAUCACUAGACCCCCCGCCCAAUAAUUGUGGAACAGCCAAGCCCAUCGAGUGGUACCCACUUUAGAUAAGGUCAUUGGCAACAAUCGCG